GAUCUGAGUGCCGUGUUCAAGCUGGGAAUGAGGCUCUGUUGCUUCGUUUGUGGUAGCAGAUGCUUGGAAUAAACCAGUAGUAAAAGCAUUUCUUCCUCUUGGUGGGUUAUAGAUCUUUGCAUUUCAACUUUCCCUUCAACCCCAAGAAAGUUUUGGGUCUUUUUUUUUUUUUUUUUUUCUCAAGAAUGGCAACCAACUCGGUUUCCAAGGUUUCAAUGUUGGUUUUGGGACUAUUUUGGUUUCUGGGUAUUCAGCUUGUUCAAUGUAGUGUGACAUAUGAUAGGAAGGCUAUUUUGAUUAAUGGGCAGAGAAGACUACUCUUCUCUGGUUCCAUACAUUACCCAAGAAGCACUCCUGAGAUGUGGGAAGAUCUGAUACAGAAAGCAAAAGAAGGUGGUCUUGAUGUUGUUGAAACCUAUGUGUUUUGGAAUGUCCAUGAACCUUCCCCUGGCAAUUAUAAUUUUGAAGGGAGAUAUGAUCUGGUGAGGUUCAUAAAGACCAUUCAAAAAGCUGGACUCUAUGCAAAUCUACGCAUUGGACCUUAUGUUUGUGCGGAGUGGAACUUUGGAGGGUUUCCUGUUUGGCUGAAGUAUGUCCCAGGCAUUAGCUUCAGAACAGACAAUGAACCUUUCAAGAGAGCAAUGCAGGGAUUUACAGAAAAAAUUGUGGGGUUGAUGAAAAGUGAAAACUUGUUUGAGUCCCAAGGUGGCCCCAUCAUUCUCUCCCAGAUUGAGAAUGAAUAUGGAGUACAAAGCAAGUUAUUUGGGGCUGCUGGGCAAAAUUAUAUGACUUGGGCAGCAAAGAUGGCUGUAGGACUCGGAACUGGUGUCCCAUGGGUGAUGUGCAAGGAAGAGGAUGCCCCAGAUCCAGUGAUCAAUACAUGCAAUGGCUUUUAUUGUGAUGCAUUCUCUCCCAAUAAACCCUACAAACCUACAAUGUGGACAGAGGCUUGGAGUGGCUGGUUUAAUGAGUUUGGGGGUCCAAUUCACCAGAGACCAGUUCAAGACUUGGCAUUUGCUGUUGCUCGGUUCAUUCAGAAAGGAGGAUCGUUUAUUAACUAUUACAUGUACCAUGGAGGGACGAACUUUGGACGCACAGCAGGAGGACCUUUCAUCACUACCAGCUAUGACUAUGACGCUCCAAUAGAUGAAUAUGGCUUGAUCAGGCAGCCAAAGUAUGGUCAUUUGAAGGAGCUUCAUAAGGCGAUAAAGAUGUGCGAGAAAGCUUUAGUUUCAGCAGAUCCAAUUGUGACUUCAUUAGGGAGCUCUCAACAGGCUUAUGUUUACACAUCAGAAUCAGGAAAUUGUGCAGCCUUUCUUUCAAAUUAUGACACAAAUUCAGCUGUAAGAGUGAUGUUCAAUAACAUGCACUAUAAUUUACCUCCAUGGUCUAUCAGUAUCCUUCCUGAUUGCAGAAACGUAGUUUUCAAUACUGCUAAGGUUGGAGUUCAAACAUCACAACUGGAAAUGAUUCCAACAAACUCUCCAAUGCUCUUAUGGGAAAGCUACAAUGAAGACAUUUCGGCUGAAGAUGAUAGUACAACAAUGACUGCUUCUGGUCUACUGGAGCAGAUAAAUGUUACCAAAGACACUAGUGAUUACCUGUGGUAUAUUACUAGUGUAGAUAUUGGCUCAACAGAAUCCUUCCUGCAUGGUGGAGAACUCCCCACAUUGAUCAUUCAGUCAACUGGCCAUGCUGUGCAUAUCUUUAUUAAUGGGAGGCUUUCAGGUGCAAUACUAUCUCAUUCUUUUUUAUGUCUCCUCAUCAAGAAAGCAAGAAGUUUAAUAAAUUUUGGUUGGUUAUCAGGUUCUGCUUUUGGGUCAAGAGAAAAUCGAAGAUUCACUUAUACUGGCAAAGUCGAUUUUCAUGCUGGACGAAACACAAUUGCACUCCUGAGUGUUGCUGUGGGACUGCCAAAUGUUGGGGGACACUUUGAGACAUGGAACACCGGAAUCUUAGGUCCAGUUGCUCUUCAUGGACUAGAUCAAGGAAAAUGGGACUUAUCCUGGUCGAAAUGGACUUACAAGGUCGGGCUGAAAGGAGAAGCCAUGAAUCUUGUAUCUCCAAAUGGUAUAUCUUCAGUAGAAUGGAUGGAAGGAUCAUUGGCUUCAGAAGCACCGCAACCACUGACUUGGCACAAGAGUAACUUUGAUGCACCUGAAGGGGAUGAACCAUUGGCUAUAGACAUGCGAGGAAUGGGGAAGGGUCAAAUAUGGAUUAAUGGAGUGAGUAUUGGAAGAUACUGGACUGCCUAUGCUACUGGUAACUGUGAUAAAUGCAAUUAUGCUGGAACCUUUAGACCUCCCAAGUGUCAGCAAGGCUGUGGCCAGCCAACACAAAGAUGGUACCAUGUGCCUCGUGCUUGGUUGAAGCCAAAAGACAAUCUGUUAGUAGUCUUUGAGGAACUCGGAGGGAAUCCCACAAGCAUCAGCUUGGUGAAGAGAUCAGUGACUAGUGUCUGUGCCGAUGUCUCAGAAUACCAUCCAACUCUUAAGAACUGGCAUAUCGAAAGCUAUGGAAAGUCAGAGGAUUUACAUAGACCCAAAGUUCAUCUCAAGUGUUCUGCAGGUUAUUCCAUAACUUCCAUCAAAUUUGCAAGUUUUGGAACUCCAUUAGGAACCUGUGGGAGCUACCAGCAAGGAACUUGCCACGCUCCUAUGUCAUACGACAUUCUAAAGAAGAGGUGCAUAGGGAAACAAAGAUGUGCUGUUACCAUAUCCAAUACUAACUUUGGGCAAGAUCCAUGUCCAAAUGUGUUGAAGCGACUAUCAGUUGAAGUUGUAUGUGGUCCAGCGACUACAGCUGCAGAACCCAACUGGAGGGGUUGAUUGGGUUGGUUGAAAAGAGGAGAUUUAGCUGUCUAUAAAAAGUUGCAUGAUUCAAUGACUUGAACUGCCAACUACCAGCAAUGAUAGAUAUAGAAGAAGUACGUUUUCGAGUUGUAUCUGAUGAUUUGGUUUUCAUAUUGAGCGAGUUUUUCGUUAAGGGUGCGUGUGGUGCCAAAGGCAAUAGGUUUUUAGAGGUAUAGGUGGUAGAGUUUGUAAAUGCCGGGGUUCUGCAAUCUAGGCCCUGAGGUGAAUUUCAAUUCCCAUUCCUGGCAUUUUAACUGGAAAUGGGUUUUGGGAAAGAGAGUUAAUUUAUAUUCUGUAAUUUAUUUCAGCUUGUUAUUUUGGGGAAAAAUCAAACCCAAAUUUAGGAUAUUGUUGUCUGUGACCUCGUGUGACUAGUGCCUUAUGCAAUACAAGGCCAGUUUGAAGCAAAAAAAUUGUUGACAUUCUACCUUCUAAAUGACCCUUUUUCUAGAUCUCUA